GGGAAGGCCGAGGAGAGCCCCCCAAUCCCGCGCCGAGGAGGCGGCGGCGGCGGCGGCGCGACGAUGAAGACGAUGAAUACAUUGCAAAGUUUUUUUGGCCCCGGCGAGGGGUGUCAGAUUGAGUGCUCUGUGCGCAUGUGCGAAGGUGUCCAAACUGACAAUGCUGGGGAGAUGAAGAUAGUGUGUAGCUGCUUCUGGACUCAAGGAGGAGGAGAGAGGUUCCGCGAGCCGACACCAUGCGAUCCAAGGCGAGGGCGAGGAAGCUAGCCAAAAGUGACGGCGACAUUGUAAAUAACAUGUACGGGCCGGACCCCGACCUGCUGGCGGGCGAGAGCGCGGAGGACGAGACUGAGGACAGCAUCAUGUCCCCCAUCCCCAUGGGGCCGCCGUCCCCCUUCCCCACACCCAAGGAAGGCUCGCCAUAUGAGGCCCCGGUCUACAUCCCCGAGGACAUCCGCAUCCCCCCGGGCUUCGAGCUCCGGGAAUCCUCCAUCCCCGGCGCCGGCCUGGGCAUCUGGGCCAAGAAGAAGAUGGAGGUGGGGGAGCGGUUCGGCCCGUACAUGGUGGCGCCCCGGGCAACGCUGAACGAGGCGGACUUCGGAUGGGAGCAAAUGCUGACGGAUGCGGAGGUGUCAUCGCAGGAGGGCUGCAUCCAAAAGAUCUCCGAGGACCUGGACAGUGGGAAGCUCUGCGUGGAUGCUCAGCACGCCGGGGCUGGCAGCUGGCUCAAGUACAUCCGCGUGGCAUGCUCCUGUGACGACCAGAACCUCACCAUGUGUCAGAUCAACGAGCAGAUUUAUUAUAAAGUCAUUAAGGACAUUGAGCCAGGAGAAGAGCUGCUGGUCCAUGUGAAAGAAGGUGCCUACUCUCUGGGGGCGGUGCCUCCCAGCCUGGAUGAGGAGCCCACGUUCCGCUGCGACGCGUGUGACGAGCUCUUCCCGUCCAAGCUGGACCUGCGGCGCCACAAGAAGUACACGUGCAGCUCAGUGGGGGCCGCGCUCUACGAGGGUCUGGCCGAGGAGCUCAAGCCUGAGGGCCUGGGCGGUGGCGGCGGUGACGGGCAGGCCCACGAGUGCAAGGACUGCGAACGGAUGUUCCCCACCAAGUACAGCUUGGAGCAGCACAUGGUUGUCCACACGGAGGAGCGAGAGUACAAGUGUGACCAGUGUCCCAAGGCCUUCAACUGGAAGUCCAACCUCAUCCGCCACCAGAUGUCCCACGACAGCGGCAAGCGCUUCGAAUGUGAAAACUGCGUGAAGGUGUUCACGGACCCCAGCAACCUACAGCGGCACAUCCGCUCCCAGCAUGUGGGCGCCCGGGCCCACGCCUGCCCCGACUGCGGGAAGACCUUCGCCACCUCCUCGGGCCUCAAGCAGCACAAGCACAUCCACAGCACCGUCAAACCUUUUAUAUGUGAGGUCUGCCACAAGUCGUACACGCAGUUCUCCAACCUGUGCCGCCACAAGCGCAUGCACGCGGACUGCCGCACGCAGAUCAAGUGCAAGGACUGCGGGCAGAUGUUCAGCACUACCUCGUCCCUCAACAAGCACCGACGCUUCUGCGAGGGCAAGAACCAUUACCCGCCGGGAGGCAUCUUCGCGCCCGGCCUGCCCCUGACCCCCAGCCCCUUGAUGGACAAGGCCAAGCCGCCCCCUGGUCUCAACCACGCCGGCCUGGGCUUCGGCGAGUACUUCCCUUCCAGGCCGCACCCUGGGAGCCUGCCCUUCUCCACGGCACCCCCCAGCUUCCCCACGCUCACGCCCGGCUUCCCGGGCAUCUUCCCUCCAUCCCUGUAUCCCCGGCCACCUCUGCUACCUCCCACGCCGCUGCUCAAGAGCCCCCUGAACCACACGCAGGACGCCAAGCUCCCUAGCCCCCUGGGGAACCCGGCCCUGCCCCUCGUCUCCGCCGUCGGCAACAGUAGCCAGGGCACCGCAGCGGCCGCGGGGCCCGAGGAGAAGCUGGAGGGCCACCUGGAGGAGGCGUAUGCCACCAAACUCAAGCCCCGGGGCAGUGAUCUGUCAGACGGCAGCGACUUCGAGGACAUCAACACCACGACCGGGACCGACCUGGACACGACCACGGGCACAGGCUCCGACCUAGACAGCGACGUGGAUAGUGACCGCGACAAGACCAAGGACAAGGGCAAGGCGUCCGAGGGCAAGCCCGAGUUCGGGGGCAGCACGGUGCCCCCAGGCGCCCCGAACAGUGUGGGCGAGGUUCCUGUCUUCUACUCCCAGCACUUCUUCCCACCACCCCAGGAGCAGCUGCUGACAGCGGCGGGAGCAGCGGGCGACUCCAUCAAGGCCAUUGCGUCCAUCGCUGAGAAGUACUUCGGGCCCGGCUUCAUGGGCGUGCCAGAGAAGAAGCUGGGCGCGCUGCCCUACCACUCCGUGUUCCCCUUCCAGUUCCUGCCCCACCUCCCCCACUCCCUGUACCCCUUCACGGACCGUGCCCUCACCCACAACCUGCUGGUCAAGGCCGAGCCAAAGUCGCCCCGGGACGCCCUCAAGGCCGGCGGCCCCAGUGCCGAGUCCCCCUUUGACCUCACCACCAAACCCAAAGAGGCCAAGCCCAUCCUGCCAGCGCCCAAGGUGCCCCCAGCCCCGGUGUCUGGCGAGGAGCAGCCGCUGGACCUGAGCAUUGGCAGCCGCGCGCGGGCCAGCCAGAACGGAGGGGCACGGGAGCCCCGCAAGAACCACGUGUAUGGCGAGCGCAGGCUGGGGCCCAGCGAGGGGCUGCCCAAGGCGUGCCCGGCCCAGCUGCCCCAGCAGCCACCCCUGCACUACGCCAAGCCAUCGCCCUUCUUCAUGGACCCCAUCUACAGCAGGGUGGAGAAGCGGAAGGUGACCGACCCGGUGGGAGCCCUUAAGGAAAAGUACCUGAGGCCAUCCCCGUUGCUCUUCCACCCCCAGAUGUCAGCCAUUGAGACCAUGACGGAGAAGCUGGAGAGCUUCGCGGCCAUGAAGGUGGACUCUGGCAGCUCCCUGCAGCCCCUCCCACACCACCCCUUCAACUUCCGGUCCCCGCCCCCAACGCUCUCAGACCCCAUUCUCAGGAAGGGCAAGGAGCGAUACACGUGCAGGUACUGUGGCAAGAUCUUCCCCCGGUCAGCAAACCUCACGAGACACCUGAGGACGCACACCGGGGAGCAGCCGUACAGGUGUAAGUACUGCGACCGCUCCUUCAGCAUCUCCUCCAACCUCCAGCGGCACGUGCGGAACAUCCACAACAAGGAGAAGCCCUUCAAGUGCCACCUGUGCAACCGCUGCUUCGGGCAGCAGACCAACCUGGACAGGCACCUGAAGAAGCAUGAACACGAGCACGCGCCAGUGAGCCAGCAUGCGGGGGUCCUCACCAACCACCUGGGGACCAGCGCCUCCUCCCCCACCUCCGAGUCAGACAACCACGCACUUUUAGAUGAGAAGGAAGACUCCUAUUUCUCUGAAAUCAGAAACUUUAUUGCCAACAGUGAGAUGAACCAAGCAUCAACACGAACAGACAAACGGCCAGAAGUCCAGGACCUAGAUGGCACCUCCCAGUGCCCGGGCCUGGCCAUCAGGAAGCCAGAGGACGUGGAGGAGGAGGAGGAAGAGGAGCUGGAGGAGGAUGAUGACAGCCUGGCAGGGAAGUCACAGGACGACACCGCAUCCCCCACACCCGAGCCUCAGGGUGCCUACGAGGACGAUGAGGAUGAGGAGCCACCCACCUCCCUGGCCGUGGGCUUUGACCACACCCGAAGGUGUGUUGAGGAGCCACCAGGCGGUCUCUUAGCUUUGGAGCCGAUGCCGACUUUUGGGAAGGGGCUGGAUCUCCGCAGAACAGCUGAGGAAACGUUUGAAGUUAAAGAUGUGCUUAAUUCUACCUUAGAUUCUGAGACUUUAAAACAGACCCUGUACAGGCAGGCUAAGAACCAGGCGUAUGCAAUGAUGCUGUCCCUUUCCGAGGACACUCCUCUCCACACCUCUUCCCAGGGCCCUCUGGACGCUUGGCUGAACAUCGCAGGAGCCACGCCAGAGUCUGGAGCCUUUAACCCCAUCAACCACCUCUGACCGGCCUGAGAGGGGCUGGGGUCAGAGUCCAAGUGAGGCCACCAGGGCCCCCGACUUCCCAACAGAAAUCUCCAUGGCAGAAGACGGAGGCAAGGGCCUUGGGAGCCUGUGCGGCCUGGGGCCAAGGAGACCCCUGCUUGUCACCUGUAUCUGACCACUCCUCCGCGUCUGUUCCCCUCUCCAUGGUCCAACUCUGACUUUUGCAAUGAAAACUCAGAACCCGGCAUCCUUGGAGCCAUCAUAGGGUUUCACUGGCUCCAAGCAUCAGUCUUGAGAACGGCCUUCAGUUGGUACAGCUCACUCUAUCUGGGCACAGCACUGGGGGCUGCCUCACAGAGUCAACCCCAUGGGCAAGGACGGGGUUUGAACCCCACACCGAGGCUGGUGGGCCUCUCCCGGGCGCCGUGUGGCAUCUUGGGAGAGAAAGGACAUCUGGGCGUGCUCUAAGGAGGGAAUCGCCCUGACAAUUUUUAUAAAGAAAAUGACAAGAAUGAUCCUUUUGGUAAUCUUAUUGACGACAGAGUCUAUUUAAGCAUGUGGUUUUAAAAAUAGACAGUAUUUUUUAAAAAAAAAAUCACAAAGUGACUUGCAAAUUGUUUUUUAAAAGUAAUUUUGCAUUGCUUUGAAAUCUCAGCUUCUUUGCAAACCCAAACCUGCCUGGGACCCAGCCCUGCGUUUGGGGGUGUUCUUUAUACUGUAGAUAAUGGAGAGAUUUUCUAUCCCUGACUGUGUUUGUAAAGCCAAGGUGAUUCUGGGCACCCCGCCCCCAGAACCGAGGGGCGGAGCCCACUCCCGGGAGCAGUUUGAGACUGUGCCUGGAACCAGAUACGAUGUCCUGGGCUGGCCCAAGGCUGGGACUCAGAGAUGUGCCUGUCAUUGUGUGACAUGGGAUUUGUGCCCACAUCCCCCACCCAGAGGGAGGUCGGAGCAGGGACUUGGUCCCCAGCGCAGAAGUGGCCAAGCCCCUCCGCCCACCCCCGCACCAUUCUGCAGAAGGCGGGGCCCGCCAUCAUCUUGGGAUCUCCAGCACCCACCCACCCCACCCCCUGUGGAUGGACAAGGGGAAGGGAGUGGGCACCCCCCCAUAGGGGCUGCCGUGGGGUGCACUCCAAGGCUCCUCUGCUCCAGGCUGCCAAGCUCCAUGCUCACCUGAGACCCCAGGACACAACUGCCACUUCGCUCUUUGUGUGGGUUCCUGGCGGGCGGGACCCGGCUCCAGAAGGACGGGAGUCCAGGUGCGACCUCCACAAAGAGCUAAGACAGCACAGCCCUGAGGGGAUGGACGGCACCUCCCAGAACCAGGCUGCUCUCCACUCGAUGGGCUUUAAAUUAUUCCCAUAGGGGCCAAUUUCAAAUAAUUGUUGUUGUUUUUUUUUCCCUGAUGGAAUUGACCUUAAUCUGUAUAUAACUUGUAAUUUUUUCUAAUUCAUUUCUUUUCUUAUUUUAUUUCUUCCUUAACAGUAUUUUUGGCAUUAGACAUUCUUAUUGUGAAGAAAUAAUGUUAAUAUAAGUAUCUAGUGAAGGACCAAAACCGUGUAAUAAGGUUGUGUGUUGUGUGAUCAAUAACCAGGGAGUGGGGCGAUUUUUAAUGUGCCAAAUACCCCACAUCCCCCACCCCCCAACGAAUCCUGCUGCCCGUUUUCCAGACAAUCAUGUGUUUUUGUUAAAUUUGAGUUUCAGUUGCAUUUAAGACAAGUGCUCUAUUUAUUUCUUUUAUUGUUUGGAAGAAAAACGAAGACUAGCAUCCCAAGAAGAAGAGGAAAAAAACCCGCCCAAGUUGCCCUAAGAAAUGUGUGAAAAUACAAAUGGUCAUGGAGUGGCCAACCGUCCAGCCGCUCCAGGCCAAGACAAUCGUCCGCCUGGGCACUGGGGGUUCGGCUUCACAGUGGGGACCUGUGGAUGGGGAUCCCCAAGGGCGCACAGACGUGCAGAUCCUAGUGAAAGGAUUUGGCCUUUCCCGGAUCCGGUCAAGGUACCACUCAGAGCGCCUUCCACGUGGGAACAGGCUGGAACGUGGCCCCCAGGGCGGUCAGAGAAGCUGCUGGCAGAGGAGCCGCCUGCAGCCGCACCCACAAGGAUUUACAGACACGGCUGCUCACACCACCUCAGAAGCUUCCUUCACCCCACCCCCGCAGUGGACCCUCCUGGUGUGUCGCAAUUUCCAACUCUCCCUCGGUUGCGAUGGGACCCCUUUGAAAAGUCAACCUCAGAUACCACCUCCCCAUUUCUGUAAACCCAAAUUAUAUGAUUUCUUCUGCUAAAAAAUAAGGUGUGUGCUUUUUUUUGCGAUUUGACUCUCUCUGUCCAAAGCAGGAUGUUUGGGCAGGUGGAGGCCUGAGUGUCUGUUCCCUGCAGCCCAGCCCUUCCGUUCACCUCUGGUCUCUCUGUGACGGUCACAGUUGGGUUUCUGUAGCUGAUCUUAAACUCUGACUCUUUCCUUCCCCAUCCCCAAGAACCCUGACUGCACAUUUUAAGUCCUGUUUUUUGUCCCCCUUGAAAACAGAGUAAGCCCAGUUUCUCCUCCAGCCUGAGCAUUUGGCAGAUUCAGUGGCAGGGAGGGUUCUGUCCUUGGACCCUCAGAUAAAAAGAUCACUUAUUUCCUACGCCUGGUGGGUCCAUGAAGCCUGGCCUCAAAGUUGAGCAUUGUCCCAACCACAGUCAGCUGCCCCUCCCCAGGUCUUCUCUGCCCCCAAGGCUCCAGCACCAGCCACCUGCUCAGACCCAGGGGGAUGCCCUGGAGGGUCUGGGAGCUCGGGCUGGAGAAUUCCAAGAGCCCAGCUUCAUGGCAUGGAUGCAGCUGGUGGCUGGCUGGCCAACCAAUGCAUCUGUGGGUUGGUGGCCAGAGUCAGGGCUGUAAACUAGGAACCCCACUGGGCUAGCGUGCUGGGGCCAGGGCCCUUCACUCCAGCCUCGUCCGCUUCCCUCUUUGGACUGCUGACUCUCACCCCCAAGUGGAAAUUUGGAAGGAGGUCUCCUCACCCUUCCCUCUUCUGCCUGUCAGACCCCAACCCCCACCUUGGGCCCAACUCUUUCAUUCCCAGGACAAGCGGGUAGGACCCCAGGACUGCUGACCCUUUGGCCAGCCAGCCCUUCAUAAGGGAAACCCAGAAGCCUCUGGUUGGAACCCAGAGACAUGCAUUUCUGCAUCCCACCUGGAACCCUGGGGUGGGGAUAAGUGACUGGGGUGGGCCUGAGAGACUGCCCAGCCUUAGUGGCCUUCCCAUACGAUGCCAAGAGUAUGGCCAGUCCACCCAGACACUGACUGGCCCUGGAAACCCUGAGGGCCCUUGUCCUUCUGCGUCCUGGCUGCUUCCUCAGUGAACAUUCGCAAAGCACUUGCCUGAAUACACAUCCCUUGUGUUAGCCCUGAAGCCUCAAAGCACUGGAUUGUGGCGCCCCGGG